AUGUGGCCCCCCUUCCCCCCUCCCCGUCCCGGGAUGUCGGAAGAAACCCGACAGAGCAAACUGGCUGCGGCCAAGAAGAAGUUGAGGGAAUAUCAGCAGAAGAACAGCCCUGGUAUUCCUGCAGGAGCGAAGAAGAAAAGGAAGAUCAAAAAUGGGAGUAGUCCAGAGACAACCACUUCUGAUGGUUGUCACUCUCCCGAGGAUGCGCCCAAAGACUGCGCCGCUCCUGCCACGCCGACUGUUGAUGACACCGUGUCACCUGAUGGUGUCCCUUCCCGCUGUGCUAGUCCCCCCCGUGUCACUAGCAUGGCGUCAGUUAAGAGUCAUGAUGCAGAAAAUGGCCCUUUCCUCAUGGAUGAAAGCAAAUGUGUGUCAUCUACCGAGAGCCUGCGACAGCUGUCUCAGCAGCUCAAUGGUCUUGUGUCUGAGCCUUCAGCCUACAUCAAUGGAGAGGGCCUGGCAGCGUCUGCUAAUAUGAAGGAUCUGGAGAGCCGGUACCAAGAGCUCUCACUAGCCCUGGAUUCCAGCAAUCUAACAAACAAACAACUCAGUAGCAAGAUAGAGGAAUUGAAACAGCAGAACCAGGAAACCUUGGAUCAACUGGAAAAAGAGAAGAAGGAGUUUGAGCAGAAGCUUGCAAAGGAACAGGGGUCUCUAAGGGAGCAGCUGCAGGUUCACAUUCAGACCAUAGGAAUUCUCGUGUCUGAGAAGACUGAACUACAGACAGCCCUGGCCCAUACACAGCAGGCGGCCAGGCAGAAAGCAGGAGAGUCUGAAGAUCUUGCUAGUCGCCUGCAGUCUUCCCGCCAGCGCAUUGGAGAACUGGAGCGCACCCUGUCUGCUGUCUCCACACAGCAGAAACAGGUGGACAGGCACAACAAAGACUUAACCAAAGAACGAGAUGCCCUGAAGCUGGAGUUAUACAAAAACAACAAAAACAACGAGGACCUGCAGCAGCAGAACUCGGAACUGGACGAGAAGCUUCGAGUGCUGGUAAAUGAGAAGGCAGGCAUGCAGCUCAGGAUGGAGGAGCUGCAGAAGAAACUGGAGAUGUCGGAGCUCCUGCUGCAGCAGUUUUCUAGUCGAUCGAAAACCCCUGAUAGCAGCCAGGAGUUACAGCAGGCCCUGGAAGACCGGGCACACCUGGAGGCCCGUGUGGGGCAGCUGAAAGAUUCACUAAAGCAACUGCAACUGGAGAGAGACCAGUAUGCAGAGAAUCUGAAGGAGGAUAAUGCCAUUUGGCAGCAGAGGAUGAAGCAGAUGUCUGAACAGAUGCACAAAUUGAGGGACGAGAAGGAGCACAGCGUGAGUCAGGUGCAGGAAUUGGAGGCCAGUGUGGCCGAACUGAAGAACCAGAUAGCGGUGCCCCCAGCCCCGGAGCCCCCAGCCAGGCCCUCGGAGGAGGAGCAGCGGCUCCACGAAGAGGCUGAGCAACUGCAGAAGGAACUGGAGAUCCUGGCAGGGCAGCUGCAGGCCCAGGUGAAAGACAACGAAGGUCUGAGUCGCCUGAACCGGGAGCAGGAGGAGCGGCUGCUGGAGCUGGAGCGCGCCGCUGAGUGCUGGGGCGAGCAGGCCGAAGAGCGCAAGCAGAUUCUGGAGAGCAUGCAGAACGACCGCACCACCAUCAGCCGCGCGCUCUCCCAGAACCGCGAGCUCAAGGAGCAGCUGGCUGAGCUGCAGAACGGCUUUGUCAGGCUGUCCAACGAGAACAUGGAGGUUACCACCGCGCUGCAGUCGGAGCAGCAUGUCAAGAAGGAGCUGGCCAAGAAGCUGGGCCAGCUGCAGGAGAAGCUGGGGGAGCUGAAGGAGACGGUGGAGCUGAAGAGCCGGGAGGCUGAGAGCCUGCAGCAGCAGCGGGACCAGUACGUGAGCCACCUGCAACAGUAUGUGGCCGCCUGUCAGCAGCACGUGGCUGCCUACCAGCAGGUGGCUUCCGACAAGGAGUUGCUGCACAAGCAGGUCCUGCUGCAGACCCAGCUCAUGGACCGGCUGCAGCACGAGGAUGUUCAGGUCAAGGUGGCGGCCGAGAAGACCCGCCAAGAGUUAGAGGAGACCCAGGGACGCCUGGAAGCUGCCACCCAGCAGAACCAGCAGCUCCAGGCCCAGCUGAGCCUCAUGGCUAUGCCUGGGGAAGGAGACGACCUGGACAGUGAGGAACAGCACGAGGAGGCUGCCCGGCCCAAGCUGAGCGUGCCGGAGGGCCUGGAGAGCCGAGAGGCCAUGGUGGCAUUUUUUAACUCGGCCCUAGCCGGCGCCGAGGAGGAGCGGGCCCGGCUGCGUGGGCAGCUGAAGGACCAAAGGCUGCGCUGCCAACGCCUGGCUCACCUGGUGGCCCCGGGCCCGCACGUGCCGGACAUGGCCGCGGCCCCCGGGAGUGGGGGCGACAGUGUGCCUGGGGAGACCCACCAGGCCCUCCAGGCGGCCAUGGACAAGCUGCAGAGCCGAUUCAUGGAGCUCAUGCAGGAGAAGGUGGAGCUGAAGGAGCGGGUGGAAGAGCUGGAGCAUCGCUGCAUCCAGCUUUCGGGAGAGACGGACACUAUUGGAGAGUAUAUAGCCCUUUACCAGAGUCAGAGGGCAUUGCUCAAGGAGCGGCACCGGGAGAAGGAGGAGUACAUUAGCCGGCUGGCUCAAGACAAGGAGGAGAUGAAGGUCAAAUUGCUGGAGCUACAGGAGCUGGUGCUCCGCCUGGUAGGCGAGCGCAAUGAGUGGCAGGGCAAGCUCCUGGCCACUGUCCAGAACCCUGCUGGGGAGCCCAGUGCAGCACCUCCAGCCCAAGAGCUUGGCGAUGCCAAUGGCCAGGGUGAUCUUCGAGAGGUGAGCCUGGCCGACAAUGAUAGUGUGGCACCUCCCCAGGGAGAGGCCCUGGUGGGCCGCAGUGCCCCUGAAAACCCCACCGCACAGCAGAUCAUGCAGCUGCUGCGUGAGAUCCAGAACCCCCAAGAACGCCCAGGCUUGGGCAACAACCCCUGCAUCCCCUUCUUCUACCGGGCUGAUGACAAUGACGAGGUGAAGAUCAUGGUGAUUUAAGCACCUGUCACCAACAAGCAAAAUCUGAAGAAAUGAGGCCGGGGGCUCUGCCCCCACCCUGUCCCUACCACCCUAUCAUUCCUUCCCAGUCACCCUUUUCUCC